AUGCGAGAGCACAUUCCGAUUGAGAACAGUCCAAGUAUGAGAGCGGCCGAGGCGAGCGGAGUUAUUCAAAUGACCAUCUCUCCGCGGCUAGGAUAUUGCAUAUCAGGUUUUUUGCUUGAAAAGCGUAAGGAGCUAGCGGCCGUCGACCGCUGCCUUUCAAUCUGUGGUAAUAAGCCUUCGCCCGCAGCCCUAAGUAGGUGUGAAACAACCUGA